GAGAUGUUCUCGCACUACGUCGCUAAUCAAAUCGGGAUCGAGGAUCCGAACCAGUGCCCCCACCUUUGUACAAUGGCCUACGAGUACCUGAAGAAGAGCGAGGGCUACGAGCAGAAUCUGCUCGCCUUCUUCCACAACAACAUGGACCCGGACGCCCUGCUCGUGAAGCUGAUCGAGGAGCUGGACAGAUGCAUACUCGGCUACUUCUCCUUCCACUGGAAGUGUGCAACCCACGUGAUCACGCAGGUUCUGACAGCAGAGCAACCUAAACGCAAGCUCAGGAGCUUGGUGUUUGAGGCCACUAGGAAGAUGAGGUUCGAGAGGGUGACGAGAGAGCUCAAGGUGACGAGGCUCUUCUCGACUCUGAUGGAGGAGCUCAAGGUGAUCGGGAUAAGCUACCACGACAACCGGCCGCGCUACCCCCCCGCGGAGGUGAUGGUCCCGGCGGCGCAAGGCGACCGCAGCCCGGUGCUGCUCCUGAUGGGCGGCGGCAUGGGCGCCGGCAAGAGCACCGUGAUCAAAGAAAUCAUGAAGGAGAUGUUCUGGUCUGGCGCGGCGGCGAACGCGGUGGUGGUGGAGGCCGACGCGUUCAAGGAGGCGGACGUCAUCUACCAGGCCAUCAACUCCCGCGGCCACCACAACGACAUGCUGCAGACCGCCGAGCUGGUGCACCAGUCGUCGACGGACGCGGCGGCGUCGGUGCUGGUGACGGCGCUGAACGAGGGGCGGGACGUGAUCAUGGACGGCACGCUGUCGUGGGAGCCGUUCGUGCUGCAGACCGUGGCCAUGGCGCGGGAGGUGCACCAGCAGCGGUACCGCAUGGGAGCCGGGUACAAGGUGGCCGCCGACGGGACCACCACCGAGCAGUACUGGGAGGCCGUGGAGGAGGAGGAGGGCGUCGGGCCCAACUGCAGAAUGAAGCCCUACCGCAUCGAGCUCGUCGGCGUCAUCUGCGACGCCUACCUCGCCGUCAUCAGAGGGAUCAGGCGAGCCAUCAUAUGCGGGAGGGCGGUGCGGGUGACCUCGCAGCUCAGGUCCCACAAGCGGUUCGCCUCCGCCUUCCGGAGGUACUGCGACCUCGUCGACAACGCCAGGCUCUACAGCACCAACGCCGUCGGCGGCCCAAAGCUGAUAGCGUGGAAGGACGGGGGCAGCAGGCUGCUGGUGGACGUGGAGGACAUCCAGCUGCUGGACCGGGUGAGCGGCAUCAACGAGGAGGCCAACUGCGUCCACGAGCUGUACCAGAACGGCCACCCCACGGGCGGCGCCGGGUCGGUGUGGGAGGACCUGGUGACGUCGCCGGAGAGGGCGUCCAUACAGCGGGAGCUCAAGGCGGCGAUCCUCAAGAGCGAGGCCUGCUUCCCGUCCCCGUAG